AUGCCACCUGCACCGCGCUCAGAAGCACCUCAUCCUCAUAUCCAACUGAGGGACAACGUUCCUCCGGCGAAACCGCCAGCCAUCUGCGCGGCUCAUUACGUGAUCGGUGAUAGCUCCGACGAUGUUUCUACAACUUCAGUUGAAGAACCCAAAGACAACGCUGCCUCCCGGGUAGAUGAGCCGACAACUGCUGACAAUAUCAUAUCGGGUCGCCACGUCCCCGAGAUACAAGAGAUUAUUUCUCCCACCCUGGAUCUUUAUAAACCUUUCCCCAAGGUUGAGCCUCCAAUGAGAAAUAUGGAACUGAUGACUCCUCGGAAACUACAGAGAAGCAGCCUACAUGGUAGUCUUUUUGAGGGCCUUGACAAAGUCGGCCUCGGAGCAAAUGCUUUUUCAAGAAAACCGCUGUUCGAGGCUUCUCCCCGAUCUAUGGACUGCAUAUCACACCCAGACAGUAGAUCAGCCGCUGAGAGUGCUGCCACUAUCCAAAAGAGUGAUGGGAAGGUCGUCAUAAUGAACCCCUCUGAAUCCAGUCUGAAAUGCGAAACCCAAAGUCGCUCUGACAGUCGACGCCUGCGCGGCGGCGGCGGGCUAAAGGAGCUCAAGCUCAAGCUGGAAAAUAGCAGGUUGGGCAGAUACUACCGCCACAAAAUGAGAAGAUGUACUUCGCAUGACCCCGAUAUAUGUGACGACCAGAAACGGAGAUGCACGACACGCAAAGAAAGAAUACACUGGUAUCAGCCAUGGCGUCGAGUAAAAUGGUUUAAGGGGGCGCAGUACCGCAAGGGACGCAGGGCAACCCACGGUACUCCAAGGCCCCAGAGCUCCGGUGGCAGGGUCUUUGGAUACGCAAUCAUGCACUCGAGUGAAGAGUCGAGAGGUGGGCAGACAAUGCCCCAGAGACAGGGCUCCCGAUUUCGAACAGAAUUCGAUGAAAACACAGGGCUCAUGAUAAACCAAGAGCCAAAUGAACGCGUGCUACAUCGUGCGAACUUUCGGACAGCCAUGGGCGUUCAUCUUGAGCAGAUUAUUGAGGUUGCUUCUGAGUUUGAGCGAAGCAUACAAGAAGAAGCAGUUGCUACUACUACUACUACAACUGAGGCCGCCCCUCAUGCGCAGAAACCAUCUCACCAUCUUGCACGGGGCUCGGAAAUACUGAACCCUGAGAACACAAGAGUGGAUAAGCCACUGGUUUCAAAGGUCUCACACGAGCAACCAGACUCAGAAGCCGAGAAUUCGUUGGUUCCGGGUUUGACCAGUGCCGAUACACUUGUUUCUGGAUUGCAAGGGCCUACAACACCGAGCCGGUCUGCUUCUCGAGCCGCUACUGUUGCAAGCACGGGAAUCGAUAGCCUAACAAAUGAGGACAACUUCGACGACGAUGCUGACUUCUUGCUUUCAACUGAUUCCAUCAACUCAGCCAUGAUUCCCGUGUCGGAGCCCAUUCGUGAGCACAAUCAUGUCGUUUUGGGUUCAUCUUUGACGGUGUGA